AUGGCAUCUGUACGAUUAGAUCCUACGAGAAGGAAAAGUGUGCUGCGGGUGCUGUUCAUAUCCUUGCUCCUCGACCUUAUCUCAUUCACCUUUAUUCUCCCUCUCUUUCCAUCUCUACUUUCAUUCUAUAGAAGUCUCGACACUCGGCCAACAUCGCUGCUGAACAGAAUAAUACAUUAUCUCAAUGCUUACAAACGGUCCUUUUCCAUUCCCAUCAACUCGAAAUAUGACAUUGUCCUUCUCGGUGGUGCCCUUGGUUCUCUUUUCUCGCUCCUUCAAGCGAUCGCAUCUCCUAUCAUUGGUCGUGCGUCGGACAAGUAUGGCCGGAGAACAGCCCUCCUUUGGAGUAUGGUAGGCAACAUCGCGAGUGUGGCGUUAUGGUGUGCGGCGACGGACUUCCGAACGUUUCUGUUAAGCAGAGUCGUGGGUGGCCUGAGUGAAGGAAACGUCCAAUUGGCCACGGCAAUAGCAGCAGAUGUCAGCGAUGAAAGUCAGAGAGGCUCUACUAUGGCCUUGGUGGGCGCAUGUUUCAGCAUAGCUUUCACAUUUGGACCGGCGCUUGGAGCAGCUCUAGCCAACAUUACCUUGGUCGCAGCCAACCCUUUCGCAACAGCGGCCAGCUUCUCCUUGCUUCUCAUCUUGGUCGAAACUAUAUAUCUAUACCUCUAUCUUCCCGAGACACGUCCACCGAAAACCGCUUCUACAAUCUCCGAUACAAAACAGAAUGGCUCCACGGCCAAACAUCCAAUCCCUCCUCAAUCACAAGGACGCCAAACAAACAACCCUAUACUCCUAAACCUCACUCAUUUCCUCUUUCUCUUACCUUUCUCGGGUCUCGAAUUCUCCCUACCAUUCCUCUUAACCACAACCCUUUACCCAGACCAUCCCUCCCCUUCGAAGCUCAACGGCCGCCUCCUCGGUUUCAUCGGUCUCAUCGCCUCCAUCCUCCAGGGCAGCAUCGUGCGGCGCCUACCUCCUGUCUUUAUUGUCCGAAUCGGUAUCUGCAGCUGUGCAGCUGCAUUUUUCCUCUUAGCGCGUACAACAUCUUCUACGGGCCUUUACAGUGCAGGUGCACUAUUGGCAGUGACAAGCGCGACAGUUGUCACAGGUCUUAACAGCCUAGGCAGCUUUGAGGCGGCGGAGGCCGAUAGAGGGAAGACGCUUGGUGAGCUGAGGAGCUGGGGUCAAUUUGGACGGGCAUUGGGGCCGGUGGUGUUUUGUAGUUUGUUCUGGUGGGCUGGCAGGCACGUUGCUUAUACUAUGGGUGGGUGUUGUAUGCUGGUUGUUGCAGUUUUGGCUUUUGGUCUACUGAAGGCACCACCAUCGUCACCAUCAACAAAGGGCCAAGUAAAGAAGAAGGCAGAAAAAGCACUGUAA